AUGGUACGUAGUGAAGAGCGGCCCAACAAACGACAACGUAUGGAUUACGAUGAUGUGGAUGAUGACGAGGAUCGUGAUAUUCGUCCAAAAAGGACAAUAGCUUCUACGGUAGUCAUGCCAUCGAUCGAAACGAAGAGUCGCGAGGAGAAAAUCGAGGAAAUGAACAAGACUGAAAAGAAAGAAGUUACAACUAGAAAUCGUCGUAUGUUCUCGAACCUCCUCAUGGGCACGCUCACUCGUUUCCAGAGAGACGAGAAAAAAGUUCAGAAUGUUGAAAAAAUUCAGGCUGAAAAACAGCUUGAAGUAGAAAAACGUCUCGAAGACAAAAAACGCGAGGAUCGCGAAAAGGUUAUUACUACUUGUACAAUUUCUUCAUCCUUUUUCAAUUUUUUGAUCAGUGGUGGACGUUGGAGGGUAUCACAGAUUUUAAUUCAAAAGAUGCCUUUUAGUUAA